CCAUCUCAUCUGCACAUCUGCCACCUGACUGAUCAAAAAACAUCGCGUCACCAACUCGCGUCAGUGUUUGCCUGACAGCGCACCAUGUCAAACUUCAACUUCAAGCUGGACCCAGCUUGCCUCCCCCAACUGACAAGCAAGGGAGACAAUUAUAGCGAAUGGAGGCCCGCAUGGCAGAUAGCAUAUGAAUGGGCUGAACUGUGGGAAACUAUUGAGGAUAAACCUCCAACAUUGACCCCGACUACCACCACAACUUCGGCCGAUACAACCCAAACCACUGUUGAUGCUACUGCUUUAACAGAUAGCCGCCACCGCCGCCGCAACGAUUCAAGGUACGUAAAAAUGCCCAUCUCCACUACUGACAUUAUCAUGAGUGUAUGCCUGAUCGACAUGGCGAUUUGUGCUAUUUUAACAGCUUACCGUACGUAUGUCCUUCCCCCUCCCCCUCCAGCUGGGCUGCAAGCCCUUCAAGAUGAUUUGGAAGAACUUGGAGGAGGUCUACACGAGCUUGUCGCCCGGGUAACUCGACUUGAGUCUGGGGAAGUUCCUCAAGUUCAAGCACCCGUGGUGGCCCCCAUCCCCGCUCCCAGUUCUAAUACUGCUAACGGUACGCAAUAGAUGUAAAAUACACCAGACAUGGUGUCUUUCCCGGCCGGGCUUACCAAAUAAGACCGGGGGGUGGAUAUCGGCACAACAAACGAUAGGGUGCGGAGGCC